AUGGAUCCGUGCCCGUUCGUGCGGGUGCUGGUCGGCAACCUCGCGCUCAGAAUGCCGGUGGCGCCGCCGGCCGCCGGGGCCGGCGCGGGCGUCCACCCGUCCACGUCUCCGUGCUACUGCAAGAUCCGGCUCGGGAAGAUGCCGGUCCAGACCGUUCCGGCGCCGCUCGUGGUCUCCGACGGCGGCGAGCAGACGCCGGCGUCCGGGGCCCUCGCCGCCGCGUUCCACCUGUCCAAGGCUGACCUGGCGUGGUUCAACGGGAAGCCGUCGCUCUUCUCCUCCGGGCGGCUGCUUGGGAAGGCUACGAUCCCGCUCGACCUCAAGGGCGCCGAGGCCAAGCCCGCCGUGCUGCACAGCGGCUGGAUCUCCAUCGGGAAGCGAGCCGGGAAGGGCCGCCUCGCGGCGGCGACGGUGCUCAGCCUCACCGUCCGCGCGGAGCCGGACCCGCGAUUUGUCUUCGAGUUCGACGGCGAGCCGGAGUGCAGCCCGCCGGUGCUGCAGGUGGGCAGCACCAUGAAGCAGCCCAUGUUCACCUGCAAGUUCGGAUGCCGCAGCAACAGCGACCUGCGCAGGCCGGGGAUGCAGCCGGAGCGCGACGCCGGCGCGUCGGCCAAGGAGCGCAAGGGGUGGUCGGUGACGGUGCACGACCUGAAGGGCUCCCCCGUGGCGAUGGCGUCCAUGAUCACGCCUUUCGUGCCGUCGCCGGGCACGGACCGCGUGAGCCGCUCCAACCCGGGCGCGUGGCUCAUCCUUCGCCCCCGCAGGCGACGGCGCCUGGGAGCCCUGGGCGCGCCUCGAGUGCUGGCGCGAGCGCGGCGGCGCCGGCGCGUCCGACAGCCUGGGCUACCACUUCGACCUCCUCGUCCCCGGUGCGGACCACGCCGUCGCACUCGCCGACUCCUCCAUCCCCUCAUCCAAGGGCGGCAAGUUCGCCAUCGACCUGACCGCCGCGCAGCCGCUCAGCCGGGGCGGCACGCCCAGGUGCAGCCGAGAGGCAGCGGCGACCUAAGCAACUGGCCCCUGGGCAACUACCGCGGCUUCGUCAUGUCCGCCGCGGUGCAGGGCGAGGGCCGGUGCAGCAAGCCGACGGUCGAGGUCGGGGUGGCGCACAUCAGGUGCGCCGAGGACGCGGCGGCAUUCGUGGCCCUCGCGGCGGCCGUGGACCUGAGCAUGGACGCGUGCAGGCUCUUCUCCAACCGGCUGAGGAAAGAGCUCUCGCACCUGCGGGCCGACCUACUCCGGUGA